AUGGAGGUGUUACGCCCGCCGUCGUCACCUUCCAGCAAGUCUAAUGUGUGGGAGCGUCUGCUGCAGACUUUCUCUGUGCCUGCUCCCGUAGUGAACCGCUUCUUGCCCAAGCUAAAGGCUGGACCUCUGCUAUUGGAGGUAGGUCAACCUCCGGAAUGGAAACCCUUCGAAGUGGUGCUUGCUGGAGCCAGCCCUGCCGACUUGGGACUCUAUUACUACCCGCACAAGGACGCAGCGACUCCCAUGGGCUGCAUUCGCCUUCAGAACGCACAUAUUGACAGUUUGGAAGAGGUUCUGAUGGUCGUAACCAAGGAUAAAACCUGGUUCUUAUGUGCUGACCACGUACGCGACGCUAGUGACUGGAGUGACGCUAUUUGCAACGCCAUCGAACGCGUAAGCAGCGAUGGGGUGCAAGAACAUCGUCACCGUCUUGGCAGUGGCGUCACCUCCGUCACUCUGUGUGAACUGCAGACACGUGAUGCAAAAGCUAGAGUGGAUGAGUUCCUCGAGGUCUUUGUACGCUCCACACGAGAAGAUUUAUGUAUCCAGGCAGCUAAAGGAGCGCUCUCGUGGUCGUGUAUGCGCAGUCUCACGUGGAAAGUGUGGCUGGAAUACAUCCCCUCGGACGUGCCUUUCAGUCAAUGGACAAGUAUCGCUCGUGACAAGCGACAACGCUAUGACAAAGAGCGUAGUAAGCUCAAAUUAUUCCAAAACCUGCUCGUCGGAAAGCAGAGACCCGAGGAAUUCUUGAGCCUAUGUGAGACCUCGACGGACAGCCUUUUGUACAGUAUUUACAAGGACGUGCGUCGUACUCGAGGAGAAAUGCCGUUUUUCCGCGACCCUUUCGUGCAGUGCUUGAUGAUCCGUGUGCUGUACGUCUACUCCACUACACACUCGGAGAUCUCGUACAACCAAGGCAUGGGGGAACUCUUGGCGACUCUCGUGUACUUACUUCACAUCGAACAGUGGCCAUUGGAGGAGGACGAUAUCGAAGAAGUGGUCGCUGCAGAGUGCGACGUGGAAGUCGAUGGAAGCCUCAGUGGCUCGUACUUCUUCCCUGCUACCAAAGUCCAAGACGCCAGCUCAGAGGACGACCCAAGUUACGUCUACGUCGAGAGCUUCAUCAAUAUCCAGAACGACGACUCGUUCCUUGACCGCGACUCGAUUCUCCGCUUAGCUCCGUUCGCUGGAGGCUCCGGGAAGUACUACGAGUGCUGUCGUGACGCUGCAGCUGAAAUCGUACGGGAACUUACGGCGUCCGAGUUCAUCGAACACGACGCUUAUCUUCUAUUGGAAGAUAUGAUGCUGCGUAUGGCUGGCACGUAUUGUCCCCACGCGCCGAUUCCUCGCAGGAACUCCAAGCCACAAGCCGACAAACCUCUGAGUUCUGCUGACCAAUUGCCGGCCUCCCCUCUCGACGACCAGAUGAAUCGGAUCCAUCACCACAUCUUGAGUCGCUGUGAUCCUCCGACUGCCAAACAUCUCGCCAACCUCGGAGUGGAGCCACAGAUUUUCCUGUUGCGAUGGGUUCGUGUACUGAUGGCUCGAGAGUUCGAGACCGCGCAGGUUUGGCAGAUCUGGGACGCCAUCUUCAGUCUUACUCCGAGCGACUUCUCCUUCAUCAACCUGCUGUGUGUUGCCGUGGUACGAGAGUUCCGCGAGGAGAUUCUGGCUGCUGAGGAUGCUACGACUGUUCUGCUGAGUUUGCGGGAUAUCUCCAGUCGGAUUGAGCCUGCUAGGCUUGUGGAUAACGCCCGCGACUUGUACGACGCGUUGCUGAUUGCUGCUGCUGUCGAAGCCUCCAUGGGGUCAGCCUGAGUGUAAGUUAAUCAACACGUGUUUGAUGACGUU